AUGGGUAGCAACCUGUUCGUGAUCGAUGACUGGAGGCGGGAGUUGACCGCCGAGGAUCAUGUGCAGCGGCAGCACCUCGCCAAAACCUCGUUGCAGCGGAAUUUCCGUGGCGAUGCCCAACGACGUGUGACGUCGUCGUCCGCGUCGUCCAGCAUGGCAGUGGUGGACUGUUGCUGGGCGCGCGGCCACCGCGCCGGCGGAGCAGCGCCCGCCCUCUCGACGGCGCUUUCGACGUAUCUUUUUUGCGCCCUCUCUGGCGGUGCCCUGUGCAUCCUCAACACCACAAACUUCAUGAAGAUGUACCUCUUUGACGGCGACUCGUCGCGACGAAAUCGCAGCGACGACCACGCGCAGAGGAGGGAUGCCUCGCGACAGCACGAUUCCCGGCGAGAAAGGCUGGCGGCCAUCGACUCUGUCCUCCUCCCGCAGCGGGGGAAAAAGGAGCCAGCGGCGUCUGGCACGACACCGGAGGGAGAUGAGUUUUCGUUGCUUGUGUGUGCCGCAGCGGAGGGCUGGCUGUGCCUCUUCACCGUCGAACCCGACGCGUCCAGUCACACGCGCUCUGCCGGCGUCCGGACGGGGGCGGUGCACAAGGCUGUAGAGCUGCCCUCCGACGACGCCGGUUCUGGCAAGGGAACGUGGGAAAAGGCGUACGUCCGCUUCAGCCCAAAGGGGAGGCGAGUUGUCGCCGUGGUUUCCGCGCGGGUCCCGUGCAGUAAAGCCGCCACGGCGCCGAGCAGCUUUGCUCUCGCAGGCGAGAGUGUCGAGUACGUGACGCUGUUUUGCGUGCUGAAGUGGCAGGAGGGUGAGGCACUGGAGACGUACGCCGUGGAGAGCUCCUGGACGAGCGUGCGGGCCCCGAGUCGUAGCGCCUCGGCGGGGCUAAAACACGUCGGCUGGUGGGAUGACGAGGAUAGUACUCUGCUAACGGCGUGGUCGGACGGCACAGUGUCGCUCCUCGAUGCCAAGCUCGAAACCGUGGCGCACACCUCCAUCUUCUCCACCCCGGCGGAGGAAGUGGCCGGGCGGGUGUCGAUGGUCGCGGCCGCCGCCCCAGGCGCCCAGAGCAAAGGGAGUAGUGGGCGCGUCUUCGCAGCGCAGCAGGCGGGUCUUCUAGCCAUGGUCCUGGACGGAAACAUCGUCAUGGUCUUUACUGUUCAUGACCCACAGCAGCACUGCGGGGCCGCGGAUGAGGAGGGGCCACUGCUGAAAGUCGCGAGGCUCGAGACAACGAAGGGCCGUACAGAGACGGGAGGGGAGUUUACGCUGCGCCCGGGGCAUCACACGUACUGCAGCGAGGACAUCCCUGUAGCCGAUCUUGCACUGUUCGACAAUUUUAUUCCUUAUACUUUGGCUGUGCUUCUGCAGAGUGGCGCGCUCCUUGCUCUCGACACGGUCACUAUGGAACUCCUUUAUCAUCGCCCGCUCCAGCGACUUUUUCCCCCGAGAGGAGGGAGGGCUGUUCAGCAGACGGGCGAUAAACACCAAGCCGCAGUGGCGGGAGACGGCAAGGCCUCCCGCAGCAGCACCAGCAGCGGUCGUGGUACCGACAGUGCCAACUACUUUAUUAGACCGAAGGAGAGGCCAAUGGCAAUGUGUGUCGUCGAGCACAACACUGUUGUGUUUCUGCGUCCCUCUUGA